CAUGAGCUUCGUCGUCUCCUUCAACGCAUCAACCGUUACCAACCUACCUAGUAGCCCAGCAGUAAGCCCAGCCUAGCAAUUAGUUUACCUUCAACGCUGAACAUUCAGGUGGUCAACGUAGCUCGGCUUCCUUCCAUCUUCAUCAUAAUACCUACCUUUCUUCUCUUUUUCGCCCACCAACCACCUCGCACUUUACACAUACGAUCCAGCCAAACACCCGCAUUCAUCCCAUUUUAAAUCUAUUGCGUCGCCGUUCAAUUAUAGAUCAUAUACCCCCCACAGCAUUCUAAGAAUCAUGGCGGAUGCAGCUCUGAAGCCCGAGAAGGACUUCAGCAAGGAAGCUGACACACAAAUCGGCGAGGCAGAGAAGCUUGCCAAGAAUGACAUCCAAGCAGCUAUCGAGAAGCUUACCACAUUCGAGAAGCAAACACGACAGGCAUCCGACCUUGCAUCUACAUCCCGAACCUUGAUCGCGAUAUGUACCAUUUGCAAAAAUGCCGGAAACUGGAGUUUACUCAACGACCAGGUUCUGGUCCUCUCCAAGAAGCAUGGCCAACUCAAGCAAGCCAUCACCAAGAUGGUCCAGACAGUCAUGACCUUCCUUGACAGCACCCCGAAUAUCGAAACCAAACUUUCCGUGAUUGAGACCUUGCGCACCGUAACCGAAGGAAAGAUAUUCGUCGAGGUUGAGCGUGCUCGCGUGACUAAGAUCCUGUCGGACAUCAAGAAGCAGCAAGGGAACCUAAAGUCUGCCAUGGAAAUCCUUUGCGAACUGCAAGUCGAGACAUUCGGAUCUAUGGAGAGACGCGAGAAGACGGAAUUCAUCCUGGCCCAAGUCGCUUUAUGCAUAGAGAACGGUGAUUGGACACAGGCGAGCAUCCUUAGUCGCAAGAUUAGCACCAAAUACUUGUCACGCAAGCCGAAGAAGACCCCGGAGCAGAUAGAGAAAGACAAGAAGGCUCGAGAAGAGAAGUUGAAGCGUGGGGAGGAGGUCCCCCCGGAGAAGGAGGACGAUACUACCGACUUGAAGCUACGAUAUUACGAACAGCAGAUUACCCUAGCGAAACACGACGAUAAGUAUCUCGAUGCUUGCAAGCAUUACCGACAAGUGUUGGACACCGAGGCUGUCGAGGAAGAUCCUUCUAAGCUACUACCUGUCUUGCAACGCAUCAUCUGGUUUGUCAUACUUGCCCCUCACGACAACGAACAACACGAUUUGCUUCAGCGCAUUUUCCGCGAUACUCGGAAUGCCCAGAUUCCCAUUGACGCAUCGUUGCUUAAGUUGUUCACGGUGCACGAGCUCAUGCGAUGGCCAGAGGUUGCCAAACAGUAUGGCCCCCAUCUCUGUGCGACUGACAUAUUCGACGAACAGAAGAAUGUGUCCGGAGACGAAAAGGCCUACCAGCGAUGGCAAGACUUGCGUAAGCGAGUUAUUGAGCACAAUGUCAGAGUGGUUGCCAAAUACUACACCCGCAUCGGCAUGAAGCGCCUUACGCAGCUGCUUGAUCUGACGGAGGAUGAGACGGAGAAGUAUAUCAGCGAGUUGGUAUGCUCUAAGACGGUCUUCGCGCGUAUCGAUCGGCCAGCCCGUAUAGUAAACUUUGCCCAGCCUAGAGAUGUCGACGACGUCCUAAAUGAGUGGAGCCACAACAUGAAGAGCCUACUCGGUUUACUAGAACGUGUUGAUCAUCUUAUCACCAAAGAAGAAAUGAUGGCGAGAAUCCAACCGGGGGCGGCGAAGGAAGGGAAAAAGGGUAAGAAGAAGGCAUGAAUUGUGUGAUAGGGCUACGAGGAGGGCUACGAGAACUCGAUAGGGCGGAGACAAUUCGCGCGGAGUCUGACAUGGCGUCGUUCCCGAGUUAUCAGUAGCACUGGUUUGCAUCAAAAAAUCAUACGGAUGUACAAUACUUAGAUCAGGAGACAUGAAUUCCCGCGUAUGAACUGGGUC